AUGGUUACAACUUCGCAACUUAAUAUAAUACGCGACCUUAUUGUUCUUCUUGGCCCUUUGAAAGAAGCUACUGAAGAAAUAAGUGGUGCCAAUUAUGUGACGGUAAGUUUAGCCAUUUCUCUAUUAAAUUUAGUUUACCAAGUAACCGAUCAAUCAACUCCGUCGACCACUGUAGAAAUAAAUGUAAAACAGGCUUUACUCAAAAAAAUUGAAGAGAAACUAGUUCCUCUAGAACGAAAUACUUUUCUCUCAGUAGCUACAAUUUUGGACCCUCGUUUCAAGCGUAUCCACUUUAAUUCUCCAAUUGCCGUAUCAAAUGCUAUAUCAAAAAUAAGCGACGAUAUUCGCUCAGAAUAUAGGCGUAGAGGACAACGUUCUCCAGACGUAAGGUCUGACCGAGCAACAUCAGAAAAAGCAAAUGAGUCAUCAAUCAGGUGCAGGCAUGAGCAGCUUUUAAAUCUGAGAACAGCUACGCAAGAGGUCCCAAGCUCAGGAUCUGUCCCCAAUGAACUUAAGCAAUAUCUGGACCAACCACUUCUUGAGAGGAAGUCAGAUCCAAUAAAGUUUUGGGUAAAUUGCCGACAUUUCACGCCGGUUCUUUCGGAUAUCGCUCUUAAAUAUUUAAUAUGUCAAGCUUCCUCGGUAUCAUCCGAAAGGGUUGCUUCGAUUGUUAAUUUAACAGUGCCGGAUAAUAGGAGCAGAUUGACAGGUGAGCAUAACAUUAAAGAAAGAGUGCUGCUGAUGUCUAUUUCAGACGAAUACUGGUAUCAGUGA